GCCUUUUGUCUAACUGCUGCCAAUUAUAUUACCACAAGAAAUACUCGGUUUCUGGGUAUGAAUGCACGAACAGCCAACAGUUCUUGCAGGUGCUAUUAAUAAUAUCCACUAAAGCUACUUGGGUAAGCCAGUCAUGUGCCUACAUGUCAUUCUUGCACAGCAGCUACUAUACUCUAUACAGACUAAAAGGCCAAUAACCACAGAGUCCGACGAACGUGAUCUCCGCUCCUUACCCCCUUCGGCGGGAGAGCAAGUAUACACCGAUUGUACAACACCACAGGCGUGUGAUAUACAGCGCUCAGUUAAAGGAUUCUAAACCCGAUCGCCAAGGUCAAGGUCUCUCGUAAACCACAGCGUACUGUAACUGCAGUUGGGAAUCUAUUAUGGUGAUUACCUGAUGAAUCAUUCAACUCCUUCAACACGUUCUUUCGCCAUCGUUCGCUGCACCAUAGUCUCGUGCGUUUGUGGCGAUGAUGAAAAAACAAGUCGUAAAUGAAAUUUGUAGCAGACGUGGUGAUCUCAGACUGAGGACAUCUGAGCACUACUUAUCCAACUCUUAUCGUCUGAUCGCACAAGCCGAUUCAAAACGGUCCCUCCCACUUUACUGGGUGCCAUGAACCUGAUACAGACAUGACUCGGUCACCGUGUAUCUCUACUUUGAGCUGUAGACAGUCAAAGCAAAACUGUGAGCGUGGAGGGGACUAUGUCUUAGCGUUAGAACUCGUAGAUUUGGGGAGGACUUUGAGAAGAGGAAGAAAGACUGAUCAUUGGCAUUACAUUAUGCCUAAAGAAUUGGCCAACAAACAGCACCUAGUCAGCGCUGAUAAGCAGUUGCCAAUAGAGAUACUGACAAGCUCGUUGGC